GGUGGAGUUGGUUAGCCCACUGGGACCAAAUUCAAAAUGAAGAAUCCCAAAAUCUAGGCAUUUGCAAGGGGAAGAAGCACACUAGAUACUCCCAAUCUUCCAUGUCAAUAACUUGGUACACAAUCUUCACCAAACCCACUGUUAACUCCCUUUCAGAAGGAGAAACCCACAUUGGAUCUCCCAAAAACACAACAAACCCUUGAUGGGUUUUGUGGGUUUGACCUCAUUUGGUAGAUCUAUGAAUGUUUUCCUACUGAACCCAUUGUGGGUUUUGGGGGUUUGGGGUCAUUUAUUAGAUCUGUGAAUGUUGUUGCAGCAAACCUGUAGUGGAUUUUGUGGGUUUGAGCUCAUUUCUUAGAUCUAUGAAUCUUCUUGUUGUUGUGUGAACUUGACAGAAAUGGGAUCCAGUUCCAGCAAACCCCAUUCAGCUUCUUCAACUUCAUCUUCAUCCGUACACAGAGCUCACAGGGUUUUCCACUCAUCAUGCCUCAGGCCUCCAUCUGGAUCUCACCACAGUGACAGUGACAAUGACAGUGAUGACCACCCGGUUUCUGAUCAUCAGAACAAAGAAAAUGGCUGCAAUGGUCCGUGCACAGAACAGAAUGAGACAGAGUCUGAUCAAUUGAAAAGUGGGUGUUUCAGAAAGGUUAAAGUCGAACAACCUGAUGAAAUGCCCUCCAUAUCUUCUAAUGUUGGUCUCCAGGAGUGGGACCAAGCGAAUUUCACUCGUACUUCCUCCAGAGCAGGUAGCAGCUCCACCCGAGCUUCAUCGACUCAAUCCUUGAACCCUUCUAGUCGCUUCCUCUCUCGCUUUAGUUUAAUUCCUGGUAACAUAAGCUUCAGGCUAAGCAGAGCAAGCAGUUUAGGUUCAUCUCGAGCGUAUCCUGUUUCUUCCUCAAGUAUUACUUCAAACAGUGGAGAAGAGCUGCAUCUACGCACUGGACCUUCCAAUAGCUUGGUUAAUAGAAAUGGGACUCAACAAGGGAGUGAUUUGCUUCCUGUAUGCCUGAUUAAUAGAUCUCCCACAUCAUAUUAUGAAGAUAAUUCUGCUAAUAGAAGACUAGACCCUCCAUCAUCUGUUUUUUCUGACAAUAUGCGGGAUAACCCAACAAUUACUUCUCAUGAUGUAAAUUUACAUUCUACAAGUGGUCAUGCUGAGAUAGAGAGCAUGGAGACAAGGCUUGCUGAUAGGCGGAUUGGACCUCGAGAACCUGUAGAACGGAAUGUUCGUUUUAGCCGAACCUUAAGUGUUGGAAGACUCCGUGACAGAGUUCUUCGACGAUCAUCAUUUUCUGACUUAACAUUUUGUCCUCUGAGAAGAGAGAGGGAAGCAAGAGAUAUGAGUCAGGGUAGUGAGAGACAGGUUUUGGACAAUGAGACAAGAGCACCAGCAACUGACAGGAAUGUUGCAACCUCACCAACUUCAUCUGGGUAUCCUCUGUCCAGUAUGUCUAGCUCCUUGUUUGGCAGCCAAGAUUUUGAGAUGGAAACCUCACAUUCUAGGGAAGCCAGGUAUCAUGAUCUGCUGGAACAUAGAUCGAAUUUUCUUGAGAGGAGAAGACGAAUAAGAUCUCAGGUUCGUGCUCUUCAGAGGCUAGGCAGUCGUUUUGAGAACCUGUCUGGACAUGAGAGAUCUUGUAUCUUAUCAGGUCAACAUAGAACAGGUCGUUGUACAUGCCGUGUAAAUACUCGGGAUGCUAAUUCAAAUGAUGACACUAGUGCUAGGGCUAGCAUAUCAAGAAUUGUUAUGUUGGCUGAAGCGCUGUUUGAGGUUCUGGAUGAAAUUCACCAGCAAUCUGUGGUCUUAUCGUCCCGACCUUCUGUAUCUUCUAUUGGUUCUGUUCCUGCACCAAAUGAAGUUGUAGAAUCUUUGCCUUUGAAAUUAUACGACAAGUCACAAAAACAUCAAAAUGAUGAGGCUGCACAAUGUUAUAUAUGCCUUGUGGAGUACGAGGAAGGAGACAACAUGCGGGUGUUACCUUGCCAUCACGAAUUUCAUAGGACAUGUGUAGACAAGUGGCUAAAAGAGAUACACAGGGUAUGCCCACUUUGCCGCGGGGAUAUUUGCAGAUCAGGUUCAUUGCUUGCAGAAAACUAAGGCAGGUAGUCUGCAUUUGGGCGUCUAGAAAACCAACAUAGCUACCUCUUGGGGAGCGAUGAAGUUCUCCACCCUGGAGAAAAUAAAAACGAUGCCUCAGAGUAGGAUGUUUUGGAGGGUUCAGUCUUUUUCUGCAUGUGGUUUGUUGUCCUACUGUUAGUUUCUUCAGUUAAACCUCCAAACAAUCAACCAAGGUAGAAAUGGACUGAACUACCCACAAUUUAUCGUUCUCCAGCCUGAGCUUGGAGAUGGAGAAGAUGGAAUUGUCAUUGUUAUGAAUAUGAUCUGCAAACAUUUAUUGAAUUCUAUCUUGAUUCCCUGUGUUCUUCCCAUCA